GCCAAUACUGUGGACUCUUUUUUCUGUAUUGAUCCAGUUGAUUCAUUAUCUUUCUUUUCUCUAUUUUACAGGGAGUAUUGGAAGACUAAGACGCAAGGAACUUACCACUGCAUUUGUUGUGACACACCUCUGUUUGAAUCAUCAACAAAAUUUGACAGUGGAACCGGUUGGCCAUCUUACUAUCAACCCAUAGGAAAUAAUGUGAAGUCAAAGUUAGACAUGUCCAUAAUUUUCAUGCCUCGACAGGAAGUUCUUUGUGCAGUUUGUGUGGCUCAUCUUGGCCAUGUCUUUGAUGACGGUCCUCCUCCCACAGGGAAGCGUUAUUGUAUUAACAGUGUUUCCUUAAAACUGAAACCAAAAUAGGGAAAAGUUUGACAGGUUGAGACUAAGAACAAGGGAUGCAGUAUCCAAGUUCAUAUACUGCUAUUAUCAAAAGUCUUGUGCCAAGAUUCAUUGUCAGUACCUGUGACAGUAUGUGUAUAUCUGUAUAAUCCUUACCUCUCUGUGGUUAUCUUGUUUGCUUGCUAUAGAAUUCUGUAACUGCUCAAGUCAGUGUGGGUAUGUUAUUCUCUAAUAU